CACGCAUGCGCGCAGAACCUACUUUCACUGUAUUUUGAUCCUUCUAACAUUAGACUGGAGAGGCUUGGGAAUUCCCCAGGACAACUAUUUCAGCAAGACGCCUUGACUUGAAAACAACUUAAGACGAGGAAUCUAUAAAAAAAAAAGUGCAUAGCUAGCUAGCAACGGUAUUCGUAAUGGCUGGUAUUCAGCCCAGGUGCGAUUCUGGAAAGCCGCCUACACGGCCUGAACUUCACUUCGGGCUUGAAAAACACGACGCUCUGGGUACUUCUAGACCGGAGGAUUGGUGCGACAGUGGGCUAGAUUGUCUGAGUGGAGCAGCGCUGAGUCUGGAUGACACCUUCAGCAACGAGACAUCCCAAACAUGGGGGCCCGGUUCCCCUCCGUACACGACCUCCUACCCAUCACUGGAUGACACUGACAAGCGCCCCAUGGACUGUAGUUCACCGGGGGGUGAAGAGAGGUUGGACUCGGCUAUAGGGGACUCAAUUACAGAUGAGACUAUGGGGAGUAUAUCACAGGGGCUGGGGACCAUGCACCUGAAUGAACCAGUUAUCAGUGACACAGUGGAUGACAGUGGGAGGCAAGCAGCACUGAUCCCAGAGGAGGAAAGACGGAGAAGAGAGAUGUUCAACACACUGAACUUUGUGUCUGAGGAUGGAGACACGGCUCUUCACUUGGCUCUUAUCCACGAGCACUGGGCCUUCGUACAGUACCUUCUGGGGGUGAUAGCGCUGGACAGGAGCUGGGUGCCUUACCUGGACAUUCAGAACCACUUGGGACAGACUGCCCUUCACCUGGCUGUCAUAGUGGACCAGUCCCAGUUUGUGCGAGGGCUGCUGUGGGGUGCUGCGAGCGCUGAGCUCCAGGAGAGGGGAGGGAACACACCGCUGCACCUGGCUGUCAGGGAGCUGAGGCAGGACUGUGUACGAGAGAUCACCUCCAACUGCCAGAGCACUGACUACCUGCAUGUCACCAACUACUCGGGGGUGAGUGCACUGCAUUUGGCAGUACAGCGGGGCAAAGAGGACAUAAUCAGCAUGCUGAUUGAUGCAGGAGCCAAUGUUAACCAGAGGGACCUGGGCUCAGGCCGCUCCCCUCUACACUGGGCCGUGGAGUCCCAAAGCCCCAGGCUGGUGCAGCUACUGCUGCAGGGGGGGGCCAAUGUAGACCAGCCCUCCUAUGCAGGCCACACGGCCCUCUACUGCGCUCUGCACAGGCCCAACAAGGAGGUACAGGCCCUGCUCAAGGCUAGAGGGGCCUCUGACACACAGGUCCGGGAUGAAGAGGACGAGGAAGCAGAGGAGAGGGAGAGCGAAGAUGAAGAGUUUGAUGACGUUGUUAUCAAUGGACAACGAGUGCACUAACCAUGAACAUGGACACUAAGCCACAUGGAGUCAUGGCACUGCUGUUGGGCUAAGCUAUAGAUGUAGAUUGUGUGUGUGGUUCGUGUAUGUAUGUAUGUAUGUAUGUAUGUAUGUAUGUAUGUAUGUAUGUAUGUAUGUGUGCCUGUAAAUUGUAUAUAUCAAGGCUGCUGGGGAACUCCAGUUCUCAACCCAGUCAGGAACUAAGUUGUUUGAAUUAGCUGAUCACAGUUGUUCCUGCUUCAAAUUAGUUCCCUUAAAUUGUGCAGAGGGCAAGCUAAUAUUAGUUGGAUCACAUGGGUUUUAGUGUCUGUCUGGAGCUAAGCUUGCCAAGACUAGUGUUGCCUACUCUAAGCAUGGGAGAAUGAUCCAACCAUGGACUCAGCUGUGUGCUGUCAAACUCAAAUCAUGGCCCCGCCCACUAGUGGCCACAUCUCUUGUACAUGUCCCACCCCACCGUUCGCUCACAUUCAACUCCACUGCUCAGAUGGGCUGCUGAUACCCCUCUUCAGAAAAGGUUUUGAUGUCUAAAUACCCAGUAACACAUUUAUACUGCAGUGUGCUGUAAAACAGACCAGUUGGAUUGGAUUUGUUUAUUUUUUUUUUAAAUAUGUCUCUAUAAGCUAAAGAAUUGCAGCUCGAUUAAGUUCUCAAAUGACCCAUACUGUAUGUUUUAAGUUCAAGCUAUUGCUAAGGGGCAGAUAUAGCUGGCAUUUGGGUACUUGUUUUGAAUUAUUUUUAUUUAUUUUUAGCUUUUCCCUCUGUUUAAAUAACCACUUGAUUAUGAUUUUCUUGCCUCUGAUGGGGAUCUUUAGCUGCAUGGAUUUAUUACAUUUUUUUCUCAAUGCUAAUCGUGAAAUUAGGCUAUAGAUAAGAGAUGUGGGUUUUGGAUUAUCUGAGAUGUUUGCAUUAUUAACAGUUCAGGGUUAGGGGAAGAUGUGAAUGUACAUCAGGUAGAGGUUAAUGCAUGCCAAGGUAAGUAGUUCAUUUGGGAUGGAAAGAGAAAGGAGGGGCAAACUCAACACAUUGGUACUAAAUCAUCUUUGCUUCCAGUCGGAAAAAUAAAUGAUAAUUUCACGUAUUCGAGAACCCCUGCAAAUUUACAUGAAUUGAUAUUUGACCUACCGCAUGGGUGACGUGAUCCAACUAUUUCAGUAAUGAAUCAAUCUCUGAAUAGGAGUGCUCUAACCAGGGCCUGAUUGUCUCUGGAGUGAUGUCGUCAUUCAGUCCAUUUUAUGUACAGUUCACCAAUUAAAGACGGAACUACAAGAAGCAAACACAGGGACCCACCCAGAACAAGGGUUGGAGAUCCCUGGUCUAAAAGAAUCUGGUGUAUAUUCGCUUUGUGAUUUGACAGGCUAGGACGCCUCUGUGUUUGCUCGUCAGCAGGAGCAUGGUGUCUACAUGAUUAUUGUAAUUAAAACUAAAAUAAAUACAGUAUUAAGAGGC